GAGGGCAUAAAUGGGAGCCUGAAAACAGUGAAUGGGCUCCUUGCUAAUGGCCAGUCUAAGGGAUUAGGACCAGCAUCAGAACAGUCAGAGAAUGAGAAGGAUGAUGCAUCCCAAGUGUCCUCAACUAGCAACGAUGUUAGUUCUUCAGAUUUUGAAGAAGGGCCAUCAAGAAAAAGGCCCAGGCUUCAAGCACAAAGGAAGUUUGCUCAGUCCCAGCCGAACAGUCCCAGCACAACUCCUGUCAAGAUAGUGGAGCCUUUACUGCCCCCUCCAGCUACUCAGAUUUCGGACCUCUCUAAAAGGAAGCCUAAGACAGAAGAUUUCCUUACCUUUCUCUGCCUUCGAGGUUCCCCAGCGCUGCCCAACAACAUGGUAUAUUUCGGAAGCUCUCAGGAUGAGGAGGAUGUAGAAGAAGAAGAAGAAGAGACAGAAGAUACUAAAGCAGCCACAAACAAUGCUUCAUCUUCAUGCCAGUCCACCCCCAGGAAAGGGAAAACACACAAACACGUUCACAAUGGACAUGUUUUCAAUGGGUCCAGCAAAUCCUCAAAGGAGAAGGAACCUGCCCCGAAACACAGAAGCAAAGAGGCCACACCAGGGAAGGAGAAGAACAGUGAAUCCAGGGCUGAAAGCCGGAGGGAACAGGCUGCUGCUACCCACCCCCCGGCCACAAACACAGGCUCUUCAGCUAAAGGGCUUGCUGCUAACAACCACCACCACACUCUCCAUAGAUCGGCUCAGGACUUAAGGAAACAGGUUUCUAAGGUAAAUGGAAUCACUCGAAUGUCCUCUCUGGGUGCGAGUGCAGCCAGUGCCAAAAAGAUGCGAGAAGUGAGACCUUCACCGUCCAAAACUGUGAAGUACACUGCAACGGUGACAAAGGGGACUGUCACAUACACCAAAGCCAAGAGAGAACUGGUCAAAGAAACCAAACUCAAUCACCACAAGCCCAGUUCAGCCGUCAACCACACAAUCUCAGGGAAAAUUGAAAGUAGCAAUGCAAAAACCCGCAAACAGGUGCUAUCCCUCGGAGGCGCGUCCAGGGCCUCAGCGGCCCCUGGCGUCAAGGUCAAUGGCAAGUUGAACCCAAAGUCAUGCACUAAUAAGGAGGUGGGCAGGCAGCUGAGGGAGGGGCUGCGCACUUCCAAGAGGCGCCUGGAAGAGGCCCAUCCUGCAGAAAAGGCCCAGCCUCCUCCCAAGAAGAUGAAAGGCUCCGCCGAGGCCCCCAGUAAGAAGGCUGUGGUGGCGGCAGCUGCUUCUUCUGGGGCCGAGAAGAAGCCGCUGCUGAACGGACACCUCCGAAAGGAAGUGCCCGAGAAGAAUCUGGAGAGGAGCCGGCCUAAGCGCGCUGCAGCAGCUGCAGCCUCAGCAGCGGCCGGGGCGGGGAGGAGCCCGCCAGGGAAACAAGCACAUGGCAGAGCUGAAGCCGCUGCCGCCUCAGCCUCCUCAGCCUCGGCCGGGGAAAAUCGUUCUACCUCGCACACGGAGUCCUUGCACAAGCCCCCCGACUCCGCUGGAAAGCAGGAGAGGGGCGGCAGUGGCGGAGGAGGUGGGAGCGGUGGAGGGGGUGGGGGCAGGCCAGGCUGGGCUGGCACCCAUGAGAUCCCCACGCUGCGGCCCUCCGCCAAGGAGUUUCACGACCCGCUCAUCUACAUCGAGUCGGUCAGAGCUCAGGUAGAGAAGUAUGGCAUGUGCAGGGUGAUCCCGCCCCCGGACUGGAGGCCUGAGUGCAAACUCAAUGACGAGAUGCGCUUCGUGACCCAGAUCCAGCACAUCCACAAGCUGGGUCGGCGAUGGGGGCCCAACGUGCAGCGGCUGGCCUGCAUCAAGAAGCACCUCAAAUCUCAGGGCAUAACCAUGGAUGAGCUCCCACUCAUAGGAGGCUGUGAGCUGGACCUGGCCUGCUUUUUCCGGCUGAUAAAUGAGAUGGGCGGCAUGCAGCAAGUGACUGACCUCAAAAAAUGGAACAAACUCGCAGACAUGCUGCGCAUCCCCAAAACUGCCCAGGACCGGCUGGCAAAAUUGCAGGAAGCCUAUUGCCAGUACUUGCUGUCAUACGACUCCCUUUCUCCCGAGGAGCACCGGAAACUGGAGAAGGAGGUUCUGCUGGAAAAGGAGAUCUUGGAGAAGCGGAAAGGUCCUUUAGAGGGCCACUCCGAGAAUGCUUAUCACAAAUUCCACUCCCUGCCCCGAUUUGAGCCCAAAAAUGGCCUCAUCCAUGGUGUGGUUCACAAGAAUGGCUUCCGGAGCAAGCUGAAGGAGGUGGACCAUGUCCAGCUCAAAACAGGGAGACGGCGGCUCUUUGCUCAGGAAAAGGAGGUUGUCAAAGAGAAGGAGGAGGAGGAUAAAGGGGUCCUCAAUGACUUCCAUAAGUGUAUAUAUAAGGGAAGGUCUGUUUCUUUAACAACCUUUUAUCGAACGGCAAGAAACAUUAUGAACAUGUGUUUCGGCAAAGAACCUGCAGCGGCUGAAAUAGAGCAAGAGUAUUGGAAGUUAGUGGAACAAAAAGAAUGCCAUGUAGCAGUGCAUUGUGGGAAAGUGGAUACCAACACGCAUGGAAGCGGAUUCCCCGUGGGAAAAUCAGAACCAUUUUCAAGGCAUGGAUGGAAUCUUACGGUCCUUCCUAAUAAUACAGGAUCCAUCCUGCGUCACCUUGGUGCUGUUCCUGGAGUGACAAUUCCCUGGCUAAAUAUUGGCAUGGUCUUUUCUACCUCAUGCUGGUCUCGAGACCAAAAUCACCUUCCAUACAUUGACUACUUACACACUGGUGCUGAUUGUAUUUGGUAUUGCAUUCCUGCUGAGGAAGAGAACAAACUCGAAGAUGUGGUACAUACCCUGUUGCAAGCCAAUGGCACACCAGGGCUGGAAAUGCUUGAAAGUAAUGUAAUGAUCUCCCCAGAGGUGCUGUGCAAAGAGGGGAUCAAGGUGCACCGUACUGUACAGCAAAGCGGCCAGUUCGUCGUCUGUUUUCCAGGAUCCUUUGUGUCCAAAGUGUGCUGUGGCUACAGUGUUUCUGAAACUGUGCACUUUGCUACCACCCAGUGGACAAGUAUGGGUUUUGAGACGGCCAAGGAAAUGAAACGUCGCCACAUCGCCAAGCCAUUCUCCAUGGAGAAGUUACUCUACCAGAUUGCAACAGCAGAAGCAAAAAAGGAAAAUGGUCCCACCCUCAGUACCAUCUCCGCCCUUCUGGAUGAGCUCAGGGAUACAGAGCUAAGGCAACGAAGGCAGCUUUUUGAGGCCGGCCUCCAUUCAUCUGCACGCUAUGGCAGCCACGACAGCAACAGCUCAGUGCCGGAUGGGAAGAAGAAGCCUCGGAAGUGGCUGCAGUUAGAGACGUCCGAGAGGCGGUGUCAGAUCUGUCAGCACCUGUGCUACCUUUCCAUGGUCGUCCAAGAAAACGAAAAUGUCGUCUUCUGCCUGGAAUGCGCCCUCCGCCACGUGGAAAAGCAGAAAUCCUGCCGGGGACUGAAACUGAUGUACCGCUACGACGAGGAACAGAUUAUCAGUCUGGUCAAUCAGAUUUGUGGGAAAGUAUCUGGGAAAAAUGGCAGCAUUGAGAACUGUAUCAGCAAGCCUACACCAAAAAGAGGACCCCGCAAGAGAGCAACAGUUGACGUGCCAUCAUCUAGGCUUUCAUCCUCCAGUUCAUCCAAAAGUGCUUCAAGUUCAUCAUGAAGAUGCCAACACUCAUUGUCAAUUUAUAUAUAUUUUUUUGUAAUUAUUAUAUCCUAGUUUGGAGUACUUGCUGUAGAAUACAAGCUGUCUUUGCACUAGCUCUAAAGAAGAUUUUCUUCUGGUUUUAGAGAACUAAUUUUGUUUUAGCAUUAAAUUGUUGAAAUUUUUUUUGUACUUAGAUAGCUAGAUACUGCAGUUGGAUUUUUGGAAACUGCCGUAUAUUCACUGUUUUAAAACCCUUGAGGGGGCUGAGAUAUUAAUUUGUUAUCACCCCUCUGGCUAAGCAAAAGCCUUUUUUUGUUUGUUUUUUGUUGUUGUUGGAUUGGUUUUGUUUUCUUGGUUUUGUUUUGGUGGGGUUGUUACA